AUGUCCGUGUCGCUAACAACGAGCAUUCGGCGCUCUGUCGUCGCCCUGUCGUCUUCCACCCUCAAGGCUCCCACCCGCCAAACCACCUCGGCCACCUUGGUCCUCCGCUGCGGAGGUCUCUCCGCAACCAACCGAGGCCUCAGCUCGGUCUCGCAGAGACGAGGCCAGCCUACACUCAUAUGGUCCCAGAAAUCCCGACCCCUCAAACUCCUCUGUAACCAGGCCCGGCAAUUCAGUGACAAGUCUGAUCUGGAGUUGCGACAGUGGGGAUUUGAAGAGAUCACUUCCACUCUCCCGAACUCAGAUACCUCCUCCCCAACGCAUACUCCCGUCAUCCUCGUUGAUGUCCGUGAGCCUGCUGAGCUCUCCGCAACAGGCAUUAUCCCGAACGCCAUCAGCAUCCCGCUUGCCUCCCAGCCCGACGCGAUGUAUCUGACGCCUGAUGAAUUCGAAACGCGCUUCGGGUUCCCGAAGCCGCCUGCCGAUGGCGACGGCCAGCUGGUGUUUUACUGCAAGGCCGGCGUGCGAGCGCGGGCGGCUGCGCAAAUGGCCGUUCAGGCUGGGUAUGACCCCGCGCGGGUGGGUGUUUAUGACGGGAGCUGGUUGGACUGGGCGAAGAAAGGAGGGAAGGUAGAGAGAUGGGAGGGCGAUGAGUGA